UCAAUCACGGAAAAUAAAAAAUAAUGUUAGUGUCCAAAGACGACAAUAUGGAAAACGUAGAGCCAAAAAUCUUGGAUGAGAGUGACUGCUAUGUAGUGUAUAAGAAAUUACAGCUGCAGCUGGAAUUGCUGCAAGUUCAGGAAGACUACAUUAAGGAGGAGCAGCGUAAUCUGAAAAAGGAGUACCUACAUGCUCAGGAAGAGGUUAAGCGGGCCAAGGCUGUGCCCCUGGUUAUUGGCCAGUUUUUGGAGGCAGUUGAUGAAAACACCGGAAUUGUCGCCUCAACCACUGGCUCAAAUUACUAUGUGCGCGUGCUGUCCACAAUUGAUAGAGAGCAGCUCAAGCCGUCGGCUUCUGUGGCAUUGCAUAAACAGAGCAACUGUUUGGUAGACUUGGUGCCACCGGAGGCGGAUAGCACCAUAUCCAUGCUGUCACCGGAAGAGAAACCUGACGUCAGCUAUGCGGACAUCGGCGGACUUGAUAUGCAAAAGCAAGAAAUACGCGAGGCUGUCGAGCUGCCGUUGACCCACGCUCAUUUGUACAAGCAAAUUGGCAUUGACCCACCACGCGGCGUACUACUCUAUGGCCCUCCUGGUUGCGGCAAGACUAUGCUGGCCAAAGCGGUUGCUAAUCAGACGACAGCCGCUUUCAUUCGCGUCGUCGGCUCGGAGUUCGUGCAGAAGUACUUGGGCGAGGGACCACGUAUGGUGCGUGAUCUGUUCCGGCUGGCCAAACAGAAUGCGCCAUCGGUGAUAUUCAUUGAUGAAAUCGAUGCUAUUGCCACGAAACGCUUUGACGCUCAGACAGGCGCCGAUCGUGAGGUUCAGCGCAUUUUGCUGGAGCUUUUGAAUCAAAUGGAUGGCUUCGAUGAAACAACCAACAUUAAGGUUAUUAUGGCAACUAAUCGCGCGGAUACCUUAGAUCCGGCUCUACUGCGUCCUGGACGCUUGGAUCGUAAGAUCGAGUUCCCGUUGCCAGAUCGCCGUCAAAAGCGUUUGGUUUUUACCACCAUAACUGCCAAAAUGAAUCUCGCCGAAGAUGUGGAUCUGGAGGAGCUUAUUGCUCGCCCGGACAGAAUUUCGAAUGCUGACAUUAACGCGAUUUGCCAGGAAGCUGGAAUGCAUGCAGUUCGUGAAAAUCGUUAUAUCGCACACGCUAAGGACUUUGAAAAAGGCUACAAGACCAGCGUGCGCAAGGAUGAGGCUCAGCACGAAUUUUAUAAUUGAAUCCUUAAUAUAAAAAUUAUGAAAAAAAAAAAACUAAGAAUUGUUUCCAUUAAAUGCAUCUUAAUGCAAUACUACUUAA